AUGGCAUUGGGUGGUGCAAAUUCAGCCUACCUCUUUUUCUGGUCACCAGAGGGGAGUAGUCUUUUUAUAAUUGGGAAAAACGCUGCAUUGUGGAAAAAAAUUAGCGAAGUAUUGGAUGACUUCUGGGAGCUACAUGUGAAACCGGGAAGAGGAAGGUACAUGGUGGAUCCUUUUGAUAAGCUUGGCGACAUUGUUCCAAGUGACGACCAUCAAUUGCUUCCGUACAUAUACCAGAUGAGCAUUGAGGCGCGGCCGAAACUUCUGUUUUAUGAGGUAAUAAUGAGGAGUCCUAUACUGUGGGCGUAUCGUGAAGACAGACACUUCGUUGAUCUGGAGUCUUACUACAAGAUUGAAGCUCCAAUAGCUGGAAGGCUCAAAAGGCGAGACCUGUCCACUAGCGACAUCGUGUUUUUGGGUCUCACCAUGUAUGAUGAGAAAAAGUUCUUGAUUGCUUUGGACGAUAGUCUCCUAGGUUAUAUCCUCCACUGCCAAAAUGAAGGUGUAAGUUCUAUCGUCAGUCAAGAGCUCUACAUGGAGGCCAUGUAUGAUGCUCUCCUCCGUGAGCUGGUGAAUCAUUCCGAAAAAGCUUCAACAUCUUCUCUUCAACGUUCUCUUAAAAUGGAUGCAGCUGCAAGCAUCAAAUCAGGAAAGUUGUGUCCUCAAAGGUUUUUUACUUGGGCUAUAACCAUUACCGUAAGGUGGAGGCUUGAUAUGUGGAUUAACUGCUAUCGCAUCAGAUCUUUUAUGAAAUCUCCUUAUGAGGAAGAGGUCUUCGACAUCUUUCACGUGGAAGAUGAGCAAGUGGGAGACGAGCAGCGGAUUAAACACAGGGGAUGGAUUCGCUCAAAUGACAAGACAAACAGAGCCUUUGGUACCCGUUAUUGA